AUGGCUAAGUCGAAGCCCCUGGUCAUUUCUGGCCCCAUGGAUGCGAAGCAUGUAGGCGGCAUCAACGUAAUGGGCGGCAUGCAGCCCUCGAUGCUUGACAGCUACUUCAACAAGAUAGUGCUGGAGCCAGACGAGACACCGUCCCACACAUACACAGCCACAGGCAAGAUCGAGGUUCCAAAGAGAUCAGAUACUUUUGCCGGUACCAUACGAAGGCCCAGUCUAUCGCUCAAAAGAAGCCUAUCAAAGCUGAGGAGGAAGUCGAUCUCACAUGUGUCUCAAGACCACAGCCCCACUGAAUCCAAAAGCAGGGAUACCAGGCCCAUUGUAAGAUCCGAAAGUGUGAAGACAAAGGACAGUGCAAGGUCGCUGAGUAUGCAAUCGAGCCUGUCUCGUCUGCGACAACGCGUAGGCUUGGAUAGAGAGCUACACGAUGUCACUCCUGAACAUAAGCCAACAACCAAAGAGACAACCAUUGCACCAGAACCAAUAAAGAAGGACUAUACUCCAUUGCAAGUGAGGAAACCAUUAUCGAGAGGCACGUCUCAUGCUUCCACUAUGCAUUCAGAACGGGAGCGACGCACUGCGAACAACUCAGUACAGCGCAAUACAUCGUCCAGUCAGCGGGACUUGUCGACCCCACAGCGAAUACGUCCAGCCGUUUCUCACCAACCUGUAGCUCAGUCGUUAAUAUCAAACCGUCCGGCACGACCCAAGCGCGCAGACUCCGGUACAGCUAUUGCUCUGGACAAUGUGCCGCCCAUGGAGAGACCCCUGCCUUUCCAAGAUAUCAUGGCCGUGAAAAGCUUCUCCGAGCGUAUGGAGUUGUAUAAGAAAACGCGCGAAUAUUGGGCAUAUGCUGAUCAUGGGUUGAUCGAGUGGACUGGUCGUGCUAGCGGACCAAAAUAUGCUCCUAGGAGGACUCAAGAACAUGCUUGA